AUGAGUGAAGAGUAUCGAAAUCAGAGGUGCGACGCAACGGUCAGCGCGCGGAUCGUUGGUGGCCGGAAUGCGCGGUUCGGAGACGCCCAGUUCGUGGUGUCGUUGCGGAACCUGCCGCACGAGCAGCGCUACGGUUUCGGAUCGGGUCUGUUCUGCGGUGGCUCACUGAUUAACACCCGCCUGGUGCUGACCGCAGCCCAUUGCCUCGCCGCGAGGAAACCCGCCGACGUGGGCGUUGUGGCCGGCGUGCUGAACCGCUACGAUCGAUCGGCCCAGCGGAUGCAGUUCCGCCAGGUGCGCAGCGUGCUGCUGCACCCGGACUGGAAUCCGCAAACCUUUCGGGCCGAUAUUGGUUUGGUGGCCGUCCGAAGUCCGUUCGUGUUUGUGGUCGCGGUGAAAAAUAUCCGUGCCAUUGGGUUGCCCUCGGCCGAACCACAAGAAGGCCAACGCUGCACCAUCUACGGCUGGGGCCGAACGGAAGACGCCAAUAAGCGGUCCGGGGCGGUCUGCCUGCAGAAGGCGGAUGUGACCGUGCUGGAGCUGGACCGCUGUAACCGGUCCGUUAGCCCGCUCAUAACCGUUCCGGAGGGCGCACUUUGCGCCGGCAGUUUCGAUGGGCUCGUUGACUCUUGCCAAGGCGAUUCGGGUGGGCCCCUGGUGUGCAAUACGGUGGUCACCGGCAUCGUCAGCUUCGGGUGGCACUGCGGGUGGCGCCAUUUUCCCGGCGUGUACACCGACGUGUUCCGGUACCGCCAGUGGCUUGAGGAGUCCAGUGCGACGGACCCGAAAACAUGGUUCGCGGACGCCACAAGGCUCCAGGCUCCGUGGCACACCGGUUGGGUGGCCACCGGUGGUGCAUUAAUCAUCUGUUUCGCCCACUCGGAGACGUUCCGUGCCAAUCAUCUUUAG